AGGGAAGGGAGGGGAGGGGAGGGUGAAUGGUCAAACCUGAUAUCUGGUGGUGGGUCAUGGUCAAUGUUUGAUAAAAGCCCUCCAUCCUCCGUUUCAGUUUCUUCUGCAAGCUCUGUCUUCCUUCUUCUUCCUCCUCUCUCCCUCUCUGCUUCAGCCAUUGUUGGGUUAUUGAAGGGGUUGGAAGGUUCUUGUUGGGUUUCAGAGGGAGGUUUUGUAUCCGAGGAUUCCCUUCAAUGGCUCAACGGGCGGCUGUGCCGAAGUUCGGAAACUGGAACACUGGAGAGGACAUUGGUUACACGUUAUGCUUUGAAAAUGCCCGGAAGGGCCGGGGUGGGGCCAAGCCACAUAACCCGAACGACCCGCAAGAGAGUCCUUAUUUACUCUCUGAAGACAGCAGAUCUCCUCGUACUCAAGCUUCACAUUUCAGGCCUACUCCUAGAACUCCAACACAUGAUAUGAAAAAUGAAGGCCCAGCCAGUAGGAUGAGAACUCCACCUCAUGAACCACAAGGCCAGGGAUCCGGCCAUAGGUUGCCGCAAGAGCGGAAAAUGAGGGCAGAUCACGGUUAUCAUGGACGAUACUCAAGUUCCCCUGCUCGGAAAGAUAACAAUCCCGAUGUCAGAAUGCAUAAUUCGAACACGAAUCCUUCGAAUCAGGGAAGUCCAGGACGCCCGAACUAUGGCGAAUUGCAAAAGAGAGCCGGUAAGGACAGUGCUGGGUCUCAGCAUAGCUUUGAACAGUCCCCUCAUCGGCACCAAGGAAAAGACUCCAGCAGAAGCUCGGCCACGUUGCCCACCCGGGAAGGAAAGGGCUCGUAUGAGAGCAGCUAUGCAACUCCAGGGAGACCCCGGACGAGUCCUCUUUCUCCAGGAAAUGGAAAUUUUGAUAGAGGAGUUGCUCUCCCGAAGUUCGGAGAAUGGAAUGCGCAGAACCCAUCUAUGGGCGACGGUUAUACUCAAAUUUUCAACAAGGCGAGGGAGGAGAAGCAUCAGCGAGGUGCUGGAAUGUCGCCAGGCAGGUUCCCCGGGUCACCUUAUAACGGACCCAAAAAGCCCACUGGAAAUGAGGAACCAAUGGGCGGUUGUUGCUUCCCAUGGGGAAGAAAGUGAAAACCCGACAGGCCUCAAAAUUUCUAUGGUGAACAGCAGAUUCGGAACCCGCAACCUGUAAAUACCUUCCCAAAGAUCUUUUCUUUCUGAGCAACUGAUUAUAAGUUCGAUUCCAUCUUCUUCAACCGGCACGCCAUUUUCUUAUAACUGAGGUUCGGUUCCAUUAUGCAACUCCCACUGUAUUAUUAUCUGAAUCACUGUUGCAGCAUACUGUUUAAAAUUUUAUAUUCCCAAUGGUUUUUUUUUUCCAA